GGCUUCCGCUCCAAGUAAACUCUGUGCUUUCUGAGGGGAGUCCAUAGUCGGGCUCAUCUGUGUGGCUCUGGACCUGGCAUGGAGCCUGCCUUGUACACGGUGGUCGUUCUGAAGAAAUGGAGACCAAGGAGACGCUGUCUGCAGGAAGUUGAUUCUCUGAGUCUUCACCCUUCAUGUUCAAAAUUCUUUCUCAAGCAUCUCAUUUCUUCCUCUCAGCUGUUCUUUCUAUGGGGUGAUUAUUCUUUAUGGUGCAGGUGAGGGAGCUGAGGCUCAGUGAAGUCGUUGAGCCUGAAUUAGGAAAGGGCAGAGCAGGACCUCAAGUCCAUGCCUUUGGAAUCCUAAUUAAAGUAAUGAGAUGAGGAAAUUGAUGUCUCAUCAAAAUGGAGAUUAAUCAUUUGUAUUUGGGAGCAGCAGAACUGGGGACCAAUUACCUCUCAAGAGUUUUAUAAACCAAUUGUCAUAACUCCUAUUCCAUUGCUCUCACCCCCAUCUCACCUUCAAACUUGUCUUACCUAUGGCAUUCAGGAGGCAAGUGAAGAACUUCGUGAAAAAUUACUCAGAUGCUGAAAUAAAAGUCAGAGAAGCAACUUCUAAUGACCCUUGGGGUCCUUCUAGUUCUCUAAUGUUAGAUAUCAGUGACCUGACUUUCAAUACAAUUUCUCUGUCAGAGAUCAUGAAUAUGCUAUGGCAGAGACUCAAUGAUCAUGGGAAGAACUGGCGCCAUGUAUAUAAAUCCCUUACGCUGAUGGAUUAUCUCAUCAAGAACGGAUCAAAGAAAGUUAUUCAGCAUUGCAGAGAGGGGUUCUGUAACCUUCAAACACUAAAAGAUUUUCAACACAUUGAUGAAGCUGGAAAAGACCAAGGGUAUUAUAUCCGGGAGAAGUCUAAGCAAGUCAUAACAUUGCUGAUGGAUGAACAGUUGCUGCACAGAGAGAGGGAAGUAGCAUGUCGGACAAGACGGCGUACCUCCUACUCUAUGACAUUUCCUAAAAGAUUACCUGGUACAGCUAACUCACCAACAGCAUGUGCUUCCGCCCACACACCAGAAACUCCUGCCUCAGAGAAGAAACGUAAGCUUCUUAAGGUUGCAAGGCUACGUAAUAAAAAAAACACUUCCAAGGCAGGAGCGAAACAAGAGCAGUGCCAAGACACUCAGUUGCCUAGUGGAACCGUGUUGUCUCAGGGAACACUACCGGUCAAGACUAAUGCUUGGAAAUCCACAGAGGACCUGAUGUUAUUUUAUGAGGAUGAUCCAAAGCCACUUUUGCCGACAAUUCCUCCUUCCAUUAUCUCGUCAACUAAAUGGCUAUCAGAAGGACCAGCAGACGUUUGUAACCUCUGGGAUGCAGAUGCUGUGCCUGCUCCCUCGGCAAAGAGCCCAUCUGGGCAGACAAAUGUGAGUUUGGACAAGAAAUCAGACAGUACCAUUACAAAUACUGUAACCGAACACCCUUUGCAAAUGCCUCUAGAAAAGAAGUCAGUUGCAAAAAGUUUUGAAACGUUGACAACCCUACCAUCAUUUCAGUCACCGGAUAAAGAGGAGUUUAUCAGCCCUAAUUUAAGGGUGUCAAAGUCAGAGUCUACUUUCUACAACCAGGCCUCUGUAGAGACACUUUACGUCUCUCCCUCAUUUAAAACCUUUAACCCAGUGAAGGAGAUUCUAAGCAGUAAGGACUUUCAGAAGCCAACCCAAUCCAGUGUUAUUCAGUUGGACGAGGAAAACCUCAAGUCUGUGACCACAUGGGUUUCAACCACCUCUGAAGGAACAUCUUCCUUUUCUACUUUAUCUCUGUCACCUCCUGACUCAGCCUCUCCAGAAAAGUCUGUUCAUCUCUUUCACCCGAUUUUGGCUGGACCUUCCUUCUGGACUCUGUCCCGUCAGCAGUCUUCUGCCUCCUUUAAGGGUAAAGAUAAGAGAGCCAGGGCUCAUCACCCCUUAGCUCCUAGGGGCCUAGUGUCUUCUGAUGAAGAGGAAGAUGACAACCUCCAUCUACUGCAACGUCUUCCAGAUAACUCUGAGUCUGCCAGGAAGCAGGCAAGUCCUGCUCCUGGCCAUAAUUGGGCAGAGUUUCCCACUGCAAAUGUAGACCACUUUACCUCUCUGUCCUGUCCGAGUUUUCAGCCAACUGAAGGCCAGCCAAAAGAGCCUGAGGGAAGCGAUUCCAUUAAAGCUCUCCUUGGAGAGGUGAAAAAUGCCGUAGUCAGACUACACGAAGACCUGAACGUGGUGAUACGGGAACUUCGUGUAAUCAGUAGCCAUCUGGUGAGCACGAGUGGGAAUAGUCCACAACUAAGCAAAUCUUCACAGCUUCCCCAGUCUUCUGAGGGGACGUCGGAUCACAUCUAAUAAGCUCCAUAGCCAUAUUUGGUAGAACUUAUGUGGUUCCACUUCCCAAAGACUAGGAUGACCUCCUGUAGAUUCUUAUAAGGUGGUGGUUUGAUUUUUCCUUGUCAGGCUUAUUAACCAAUCUCUUUCAAACCAAUAAACUCAUUUGGUUUAUUUUUUUAAAGAGAAAAGGUAUCACCUUUGAUAAUAUCAGAUUUAGAUAUGAACUAAUGUUCCUUUGAAGCUGAAGAGAAUUUCAUCCUUCCACGCUUUGGACUUUACCUCAAGAUAUGUUAAACAUUAGUGGAGGUUGUGGGAAGACAAACUACAGAAGGCUCUUCUAGAUCAUUUGGAUAAGCAGGCAGUCUGAAGCCCUUCACAGCCUGGAUAGAUGUUUCCUAUGGUCUCAUGCCAAGUUUCAGAUUCCCCAAACCAAGGGCCAGCAAUCUUUCCCUUCUUGUGGCUGCCACUGUUGGUUGGGGGUUAAGUUGAGACAAGUAAGACACUGACCAGGAGCUUUUAUGUUAAUUUAUAUUGCAAAGUGAA